GCUCAGCCCGCACCCGGGGCGGCUCGCCCUGAACCCGCGGAAGGGCUUCUCGCUCCCGCCAGCCUCCACCAAACCAAAGCCCGGGUAGGCAGCUGGGGCUGAACCAGCGACAGGUUUACAUGUUAAUUUGGCUACUUGGCUACCACUUAGAGAACACAAAAUGAAUAACUCUACAAACUCAUCCAAUAAUGGCUUGGCCCUUACCAGUCCUUAUAAGACAUUUGAAGUGGUAUUCAUUGUCCUUGUGGCUGGAUCCCUCAGUUUGGUGACAAUUAUUGGGAACAUCCUGGUCAUGGUUUCCAUUAAAGUCAACCGCCACCUCCAAACUGUCAACAAUUACUUUUUGUUCAGCUUGGCCUGUGCUGACCUCAUCAUAGGUGUUUUCUCCAUGAACUUGUACACGCUGUAUACUGUGAUUGGCUACUGGCCUUUGGGACCUGUUGUGUGUGACCUUUGGCUAGCCCUGGACUAUGUGGUCAGCAACGCUUCAGUUAUGAACCUGCUCAUCAUCAGCUUUGACAGGUACUUCUGUGUCACAAAACCCCUGACCUACCCAGUCAAGCGGACCACAAAAAUGGCAGGAAUGAUGAUCGCAGCUGCCUGGGUUCUCUCCUUCAUCCUCUGGGCGCCAGCCAUUCUCUUCUGGCAGUUCAUCGUGGGAGUAAGAACGGUAGAGGACGGGGAAUGCUACAUCCAGUUUUUUUCCAAUGCUGCUGUCACCUUUGGCACUGCCAUUGCAGCCUUCUAUCUGCCAGUGAUCAUCAUGACUGUGCUCUAUUGGCACAUCUCACGAGCCAGCAAGAGCAGGAUAAAGAAGGACAAGAAGGAGCCUGUGGCCAACCAAGAUCCGGUGUCCCCAAGUCUUGUACAGGGAAGGAUAGUGAAGCCAAACAACAACAACAUGCCCAGCAGUGACGGUGGCCUGGAGCACAACAAAAUCCAAAAUGGCAAAGCCCCCAGAGAUGCGAUGACUGAAAACUGUGUGCAGGGGGAGGAGAAAGAGAGCUCCAACGACUCCACGUCAGUCAGCGCUGUUGCCUCUAAUAUGAGAGAUGACGAAAUCACCCAGGAUGAAAACACAGUCUCCACUUCCCUGGGUCAUUCCAAAGAUGAGAACUCUAAGCAAACGUGCAUCAAAAUUGUCACCAAGACCCCCAAAGGUGACUCGUGCACCCCGAGUAAUACCACAGUGGAGCUAGUCGGGUCUUCAGGUCAGAAUGGAGAUGAGAAACAGAACAUUGUAGCCCGCAAGAUUGUGAAGAUGACCAAGCAGCCUGCAAAAAAGAAGCCGCCUCCUUCCCGGGAGAAGAAAGUCACGAGGACAAUCCUGGCGAUUCUGUUGGCUUUCAUCAUCACCUGGGCCCCAUACAAUGUCAUGGUGCUCAUUAACACCUUCUGCGCACCCUGUAUCCCCAACACUGUGUGGACAAUUGGUUACUGGCUCUGUUACAUCAACAGCACCAUCAACCCUGCCUGCUAUGCACUGUGUAAUGCCACCUUCAAGAAGACAUUUAAACACCUUCUCAUGUGUCAUUACAAGAACAUCGGCGCUACAAGGUAAAACAUCUUUGAAAAGAAGGUGGGAAGACUAAAAGGGAUAAAAGAACUGGUUUUAAAUCUCUGCCAUUGCACUUUAUAGUCUUAUUAUGGAAUGUGAGAUUAAGGAGUCCAACAGUGACACUCUCAUGCCUAUGUUACAGUUUGAAAACCUUGUACCUUAUAAACCCUGUCGGUUUCAGAGCAAUGAGUCAAUGAAAGAGACAUGUCAGAAUUGUGGAUUUAAGGAAUAAUCUAUGCUUUCUCAUAUUCUCUUGAAGAAGGGCUUCUGAAUCUACAAUUUUACCAGUCUCUGCACAAGAAGUGUAACCUCAUUCCUUUUUUUGUUUGUUUGUUUUCAUGUGUGCAUAUGAAGAUGAAAUGCUGUUAUUGCAAGCCAACAUAGAGAUACUUAAAUAAAUAGACAAUGUAAAAAUAGAGAGGUAACAAAAGAAAAUUCAAAAAAGAAAGGAUGCAAAAAUGAUCUCCAGAGGGUUAGGCAUCUACUGUUAUUUUGUUGUGGUCUUAUUUGGAGGGUUGCAAUGUAAUAAAUGAUGUUUUUUCAUCUUUCCUUUUCCCACUAUGAAAAGAAAGCAGACAAACAAAAAUCCCAACUAGGUCACAGCAUUUUUAUUCUUGUUAUAGCAUUACGUUUGUACUUGCCAAUUUGACAUUAUGGAUGGACAAUGCCUGCAGGACUUUCACUAAAUCCAAGCAGAGACACCCUGCCACUGUGUCUUUUACAUUCUUUGAGGUAUAAAAGCCUAUAAAUAUUCAGUUCCCUUAGAUUCUCCUAAGUCUGAUUUACUCUUUACCUAACAUUAAAAGUCACAUAAAAUUGAAGUUUCUAUCAAAUUAAAUAUUGGUCAGUAUAGUUGGAGAAAGUGAGGCCAAAUGAAUUUUGAGAUAGGAUAAUAAAAGGAUAGAAGGGCGUUCUGUUUCGAUCUGAAUCAAACUGACUCACAAAGGAAAUGUUAACUUGUGAAACAGAAACUCCUGACUUUUGUCAGCAGGGAGAAAAUGCCGCUUUAUUCAUUUAGAAUCCUAAACAAGAUUAAGAUAUUCACAGGGCAUCAGUGACUGCUGGGUCAGUCCCAAGAGACUCAGCUCUGCUAAAUGAUAUUCAAAUUAUAAUCAAGUGAGGUUUUCUAUAACCAUCCUAGGAGCCAGUGAGGGGAAGAAAAGGAAAUGCAUAUUCCUAAAAGAGUCAGCUUGCCCUACAAGUUUUAAAAUUCUCCAUUAAUAGAAUGAUAGUAAUCUCUAUGACAAAAAAAUGUAGUGAAUAAAAAAACAGAGGCCAAAUGAACUCACCGAAUCUGACAGAAGAAUGUAGAUGGCUGUUCUCAUGUUCUCUUCUCACCCUCAGAUUCCACACCACAAAAUGUCAUGUCAGACACUAUUAUCUAAAUGGUGACAUCAUACAGAAUCUUGUCUGUGUAGGGACAUUGUAGUCCAAGUAAAUGCAGUAUUAUAUUGAUUCACAUUUAACUACUUUUUAUCCCUCGUAUGAUUUUCUAACACUACUUGCUAUAGUCUUCCAAUCAAAUUUUUAAAGGCUCAAUCAAUAGACAUCAAAUUUAUAUUAUUUUCAAAUUUUAUAUUUUGCAUUAUAGAUUUUGUGAUAUCCUUCUCAGUACUAUUGAUGUGAGUUACAUGAUGAAUUAGUCAGUAUUAGACCACAGAACUUAUUAGAAGUAUUUUAAAUGACUUGGCACAUUGACAGUAUCUCAACAACUUGUAGACUUUUUUUUAAUAAGCACAAGGGAAACAACAGCAAAAAGUUGUAAGUUAGCAAAAAGCAAAUUGCCAACAAUAUUUGUAGCUUUGCUAAAUAACUUCUUGUUUGAAUAGCUAGUCAUUUUUUUCCCACCAGCAUGGUCUAUGUGUAAAUUUAUAGUGUCAGUUCAUAUAGAUUCCUUUACAAAGACUCAAUGUCAUCAAUGUAAACUUCCACAUUUUAAAUCCAUAUUCAUUGUUAUGCUGUUCAUUCAAAUGAACAUGUCAGUUGAGUAGAAAGAACUCUGGGCCAGUGAGCUUCUGGUCUCCUGUAAAUAAAACUGGCUGACUGGCCUAGAAUAUCACAUUUUAAUUUGUAGUAUUACUGUAAUGUAGAUACAGCUUCAGUUGGAAUGACCCCUUUGGAGUUAAGCCAUCAGAAUUCAGUCUUCUUUUGUUUGCUGUAACAGCCCCACUCACUGUGAGUCCAGUUGUCCCUUACUCUCUGUUGCCAUUGUAUCCUUGCCUUUCUUCUGUUCUCCAUCAUCACCAGAGCCACCACAACUGUACUGAAAGAGAAACUGUCAAGCUAAAGAAAGGGAUUGGAGGUAGACUGACACACCAUGGAAACUUGUUCAACCAGAAUCAUAAAAGUGAAAGGAAUAUUGAAAAGAAUUGUAAAGAAGUAGAAACUGUAUUCAACAAUGUGUACUAACUAUUGCUGAAUUUGUCAAUUUCAGAGGCUCUUGGCCAGGGACAAUCUCCCACCAGGGGACAUUUAUCAAUGUACAGAGACAUUUUUGAUUGUCACAGCAGGAAGAAAGGUAUUUAGUAGGUAGAGGCUAGGACUGCUUCUAAGUAGAAGCAGAGUGCAUUCUAAAGCUACAAUGCACAGACCAGUUCCCUACCCACUCCAAAAGAUUCAUUUGACUCAAAAUGUCAAAAUAGUUCCGAUGUUCAGAAACUGUUAUUUACCUUGAAGAAUUUCCAUAGCUUGCUUCCUGUAAGUGCAAAAAUAACCCUGCAUCAUUUGUAGAAUUUUAAUGCAAAUUGCUCACCUGUUGGAAAAAACUAAUGCUCACCAAUCACGUAUCAGAAACACUCAUCUGUUGAGUUGGUUUUAUUUAUGAUUCACAUUGGGAAAACAGAUCACAUCUAUAUUUCAAAAACCACCAGACCAUGUACAUGGCACAUUUUUCCACCAUUUUAAUUUCUGAUUAUACUUGCUACACAGUCUAGUCAACUGGGGUUCCAGUAGUUGCCCAUCAAAAUGGUUGUAGUUGAUACAGUCAGUGUCCGUUGGAGCUGCCGUUUUUCCUUUGAAGAGCCUGUUUUGUAAGCAGCUUUCACAGGAAAGAUGGAUACCUGUCAAGUCUUAUUUCCUCUCUCCUCAUAGCAAUAAUGUAAAUAUCCUAGAGUGGUCUUAUAAGAAGAGGAGAUCAAGAAUAUGAAAAGUCAUUUCAUUUAUAGAGAAAACAAAGGAUUGCCCUUUUACCCAUUCAUUAUUUAUUUAAUACCAGAUCCCAAUUGUUAGAACUAAGAUACCAAAUAUAAUAAGUCACAAGAAUAUAAGCUUUCUGGUUUGAAUUGUGGAAGCUGGACGUCCCACAGUCUGCUCUUUAUUCACUGUUUUUGUGAUCCUGAAGAUCUGACACUGCGGGAGAAGGGAGCACAGAAGGAUGGCAACAACUACUCAGCAAUGCAGUCUACCUUUAUGUUCUCCUACUUAGUCCCGUGAUAGUUGCCGACCACCCAGUUUGAUAAUCUCCCUUUCAACAACCAUAGCACUGGUGUUGCAAAUAGAUUAGGAAAGCACCCAAAGCUGGAUGAAAUUGUGCAAAGUGUAUUUUCGCAUGUACAUACAAUACCAUGCCUCUUCAAUACGCUUCUCUUUAAAUGGGUGCGCGCUGUAGCAUGAACUGUGUGCAUAUUUAAUGUAUCUUCCUGGAAUAUGCUGUAUGCUUAAUAUAUAUAUUAUAAAUAAAAUAAUAUAAUGUACAAUAGAAAUACAUAUUUCUGUAUGCAAAUAAAUGUAUUAUACACAAAAUA